GAAAGUGUGUUCGCGUAAACCAGCACUAUAAUAAGAAAAUGUCUACUGUGCCUCACAAACGGAAGCCUGGUCGUCCCAGAAAAAUUGAGCAGACCCUCUCUAAGCCUCAUGCUCAAGUUUCUGUGCCUAAAAGACCACGCGGUAGACCUCCCAAGUAUCAAAGACUAGAAGUAAUAACUAAUUCAGACCUAUCACAUGAUCACAGUGGAAAGAAAACACUAGACUUUAAAGAAGGUGAAGAUCAGAACUGUGACAAUAACAUUGUUUAUGAGUUUCGUAAAAGAAAAGAUACUUCUGAUCAACUUCUGCAAAUAAAAGGGAAAGAUGGCAUGAAAUGUCCUUAUUGUUGCUAUAUUUCUAAUGGAACAAAUCGUCUCGAGCAGCACAUAUCCUCGGUUCAUGCCAAAGAUGUAACUUACAAGUGUGGAAUUUGUGAUUUUACCUGCAGCUGGAAUCGUGAAUACUGGGACCAUAUGAGGGCUCACUAUGAUGGCCCCCCUUACAAGUGUGAAUCAUGUCCUUACACUUGUGAAAGAAUCCAGUUCCUGUUGACGCAUCGAAUGAAGCACACAGAUGAGAAGCCAUUCCAGUGUGAACAGUGUGGUUAUCGUUGUCGCACUAAGUGUAAUUUAAUUGCUCACAAGAGGAGCCAUACUGGUGAGAAGCCUUAUAAGUGUGACCACUGUGGCCGUUGCUUCAGCAUGAAAGGAUCCCUUGAUCAGCACAUGGCAACUCACAGCAACAUUCGCCCCUUUCUCUGUGAUAUGUGUGGGUUUUCCACAAAAUAUCAAUCUCAUCUACAGCUUCAUCAGAAGAUACACACUGGUGAUGUUUUUCGUUGUAAUCAUGCCAACUGCACAUACUUUACACCCAAGAAGAGUCAGUUAGCUGCCCACAUACGAACCCAUACUGCAGAACGAUCUCACAUCUGUGCUGUUUGUGGACGUGCCUUCAUAGAAAAGAGCCAUCUCGUGCGACAUGAGCGUAUUCACCUGAGUGUUAAGCCUUAUAAAUGUGACCAGUGCGAGUACAGUAGCACAAGACGUGAUAAACUGAAGGAGCAUGUUGAGAAGCAUCAUGGUUUAAAUGCCACUGCAAGAGUGCCAUUUAAACCUAGGAAACCACGACGGCAAAAAUUUGACCCCUCAUGUUUUCCCAAUCUAGAUACUCAAGCAACAAUUGUCAGUGAAAUGCACACCACUGAGCAAGAACCAUCAUUGUACCAGUACUCUUAUAACACAGAAGUUAGUCCAGAACUAUCAACCAGAGUUCUGUUGGUGCAGAAUCAAUCAGUCCAUAACCAGCAAGCAUCUGUGGUUGACCCACUUCAACAACAUAAUCACCAUUCACAAGUUAUGUAUGUAGAGACAAGAAUGAUGCCACCUGACCAGCAAACAAAUGUUACUGUGAUGCCUGCCAACAUCCCUCAUCAACAUCAUCCCUCAUCUCAUCAUCCACUUCCAAUGCCACACACCGCUGUCCCAGUGGUUCAUAACCCUGGGGAUGAAGGAGGAAAUUAUUCCCACACACAGGACUUAGGAGGCCUUGGGGCUUUCAUGGCUUUCUUUUGAAUUACUUUAUUAAAUAAACUUUUUUUCUUGCAAAGAGAAAAUUAGGAGCAGAUGAAAACAUUGUUUGAGCUCUACAUAUCUGUAUACUGGAGAUGAUGGAACCCACAACUUGUUCAGUGCUGCCUCAAAUGGAAUAUUUCUCUCUCAAAAUCUGCAUCAAGUAGAGGAUAACAGACAAUGUUAAGCCCUUCUACCCCUGCUGUUGAUACAGGGUUUUUCACAAGACUGCUUCAGCAAUGUUUAUAGUUUAUCUUGUAAGUCAUACUGCUUGUUCAUAAAAAAAAAAGAAGACAUUACUAAGUGUGUUUCUUACCCUCACGCCUGGCUAGACCCUUCUAUCAUUGUGGGACCUGUGUUUCUUGCCCUCACACCUGGUUAGCCCCUGCUAUCAGUGUGGGACUUGUGUUUCUUGCCCUCACACCUGCUAGCCCCUGCUAUCAGCGUGGGAAUUUUAUGCAGAUGAAAUUAUCCCUGUUUGGUCCAUGCACCCCCUCAGUGUGACUUCCAUUUUCUUCAAGUGAAGUGGGAGGACCAUCUAUUUCCCUAGUACCAAGCUGCUGGAAAGGUUCUUAUGGAGAGUUCCCUGCUGGGUCAGAUUAAUUCCACUAACAUGAGAUCAGAUGAGUGCACUACACAGUUGGAAGUAGGGCUGAAGUGUUCACCUGGAAGUGUAGUACAUCACCCCCACCCACACACACACACACACACAUACACAUUAAAAAUGUUAUUGUUAACAGUGGUUAUUCCAGCUGAUUGGGUUUUGCCUUCUCUUCAAGACACAAGUCUAGGGUGAUUCAUCUUUGCACAUGCUUAUUCUGUUAAGUAGUUCAUGUACUUUGAUUUACUACCCUAGCCACAGUGCACAUAAAGUUUUUGUUGACCCCUUGAAAUAUACGGACUGGAUGAGCAGUUAUUACAUUAAGCCUUUCUAUGUGACACUUAAGAAUCAUGUAUGACGUUAUUUUUAUCUGCCUAUUUUAUGCUCUCAAUGUACUGUACAAAGCAUAUUCUCUGCAUGAGAUGGAUGUGGUUUUCUAUAGAGGGAUGCCCCAAUGGAUGACAUGCUCCAUGUGUUUUCCCUUUCUGUUGCUGUACUCUCAGUUAGGAGCUCAUUUCCUUAUCUAAAAAUGUAUUUCAGAUAGGUACUCACCUUUGGUGUACAUAUUGUGCUGUAGGGGGAUUACUGCAUAUAAAGCACAUGUCACUCACCUAUUGGUGGAGGGCUAUAGUCUAAUGAUGAAUACAUCAUAGGCUAGCACAACAUAUUAAUACGUCUACAGGUGGGUAUUUUAUUCAAGGUUUGGCACAUGCUCAAACCUUUCAACAGUGACAUAUGAUAAUAAUUGUGGAGAACUGAGUAUCUAUGUGAAAUACAGUUUUAGGUAAAGAAAAUGUUAAAAUGUUCUAGUGCAAUUUAUAUUUUUAGAUAAAAAAUUCUUUUCCAUGUAUAUUAGGUUAAGUUGCAUUUAUUUUAACUUUGGAAUAUGAAAAUAUCAGUACCAUGUGAAGCAUUUUGUUAUAGGAUUUUUUUCAUAGUGUGUACUUUGAAAUAAACUAUGACUGAAUCUGACCAAAAGCUGUUUUUCAGGUCCAUCUGGUGAAAGCAAACAUAAAUGUAAGUUUAGUAGCUAAAGAACACUAUGCUGAAAUGAGCUGUCAGAUUUAUACCUGUAGUAAUUAAUAUAAUAACUCCAAACUUAAAAAUUAAUUCUUAGGUGUGACAAAAAUGCAUCUCACCAUUCGGUGUUUUGUGAUUGGGCUGAAACGUUGCAUAUUUCUGUUUGGAUGGAAGUUUCAUAUGCCCAUUUCUUGUGAUUUUUGUUAGAAUAAGAAAUAACAAAGAAGGAUCAGAACAACAGGUAAAGGAAUCAAGCAUAACCACACAAUACAAUCAUAAUUGGAUUUUUAAAGUUUAUUUUGAUACUAAAUAAAAAUCAAAUCCUUUAUGGUAUUGUAGGUAGGAGAGCUUUUGUUUGUUGUGUUUAAUUAACAUAUGAAACUUAAUCAUGGUGUAACUUUGUGACCUCAUAAUAACUAAAUAAUAAAUUAUGUGUUAAAACAGAAAAUGUAGUUAAGUGAAUAUUAACUGUAUAGGUUUAAGGAAAGCUUCAAGUAUGGAACUUAGUACUGUGUAUAAAAAAACUAUUUCAGUUUGUAAGUAAUUGAAUAAAGUGUCAUGAGGACUCA